AUGAGACUCCAUCACAUUGCCCUCCUUGCCGCUGUGGCCGGAUCCGCAGCUGCGGCUCCUCCCAAGAGCCUUGCGAAGCGUGCUUCGCCCUUCCAAUGGUUUGGAACAAGCGAAUCCGGAGCCGAGUUUGGAGAAGGCAACCUGCCCGGUGUCUAUGGAACCGAUUAUUAUUUCCCUGACGCCAACACAAUCCAGACCUUGAUUGGUAAAGGAAUGAACAUCUUCCGAGUGGCCUUCAGGAUGGAACGGCUGGUGCCAGGAUCCAUGACAGGAGGAUUUGACGACGCCUAUCUAGCGCAUUUGACCGCAACGGUCAAAGCCAUCACCGAUGCAGGAUCACAUGCUGUUCUUGAUCCGCAUAACUAUGGCAGAUACAACGGCGAGAUCAUUUCGAGCCCCUCCGACUUCCAGAAAUUCUGGGAGACCGUGGCAGGCCAGUUCGCUUCGAAUGAGCUAGUCAUCUUUGACACAAAUAACGAGUUCCACGACAUGGACCAAGACCUCGUCUUGAACCUCAAUCAAGCAGCUAUUGACGGCAUCCGCGCAGCAGGUGCAACAAGCCAAUACAUCUUCGUCGAGGGGAAUUCCUGGACCGGCGCCUGGACUUGGAUUGAUGUGAAUGACAACUUGAAAGAUCUCACUGACCCCCAAGACAAGAUCGUCUACGAAAUGCACCAGUAUCUCGACUCGGAUGGAUCAGGAACGAGCGAGGUCUGUGUAUCGACGACAAUCGGUAAAGAGCGCGUGACGGACGCGACGCAGUGGUUGAAGGAUAAUAACAAGGUCGGCGUCCUGGGUGAAUUUGCCGGCGGUGUGAAUGAUGAUUGCAAGACAGCGAUUACCGGCUUGCUCGAUUAUCUAGGUGAGAACUCGGAUGUCUGGCUCGGGGCGUUGUGGUGGGCUGCCGGCCCUUGGUGGGGUGACUAUAUGUUCAGCAUUGAGCCUUCCAGCGGCGCUGCGUACACGGGUAUGUUGUCCACUCUUGAGCCAUAUUUGGGGUGA